AACCCUACUUCUCAGAAGCGGAGAGAAAAGGAGUCAUGGUGAAGUCGUACUUGCGAUACGAGCAGGGUGCCGCCUUCGGCGUGAUAGUUUCUGGCAAUUCAAACAUCGCCUACGACAGUUCCGGGAAGCACAUUUUUGCCCCGGGCCUGGAAAAGGUGGGCGUGUGGAACGUGCGACAAGGCAUUUGCAUCAAAACCUUAACUCCUUGUGCUGAUGGAUAUUCGCCGCCAGUCACCUCCAUCGCGGUCUCGCCUUCUUCUUCUUCUUCUUCUCUGAUAGCCACUGGGUAUGGAGAUGGGAGCAUUAGAAUUUGGGACUCUCAGAGUAAAAUUUGUGAGACCACAUUCUACGGUCAUACGGGGGCCGUUAGUGUCUUACGGUACAACAAGAUUGGAGAUAGGCUGGUUUCUGGUGGCCAAGAUAAGGACAUUAUAUUGUGGGAUGUGGAGAGGGGCGAGGGCAUCUAUCGCCUCCGCGGGCAUGGGAAUCAGGUCACUGAUCUCGUCUUCUUGGACUGUUGUAAGAAACUCGUUAGUUCCUCAAAAGACAAAUUUUUGAAGGUCUGGGAUCUUGAAACCCCCCAUUGCAUGCAGACAAUAAGUGACCACCAUAGUGAAAUUUGGUCCAUAGAUAUCGAUCCGGAACAAAGAUAUUUGGUCUCUGGCUCUGCUGACUUGGAACUUAGGGUUUACACAAUUAAGCAUGACCUUAAAGCUUGCCAAUCCACUUCUAAUGGAACAGAAAUUGCAGACUCUGGAGAUCCAUCCCCUCCUAAUAAAUGGCAAGUUUUGAAGCUGUUUGGUGAAUAUCAGCGAAAAAGCAAGAACAGAGUUGCAACUGUGAGAUUCAACAAGUCUGGAAAUUUGCUGGCAUGUCAAGAGGCAGGAAAGGUGGUACAUAUAUUCAACGUACUGGAUGAGGCUGAAUCUACCCGUAAAGCAAACCGCAGGAUUCGCCGGAUCAAAAAGAAAAAGUCUGCCCAAGGGGAAGCCGAGGUGAUGAAGGAUGAUGGAGCUGGAGAAGAGGGAAAGGGGCACGAGGUCAUGGUCUCUGAUGUUUUUCAACUUUUCCAAACUAUCCGACCUGGCAAAAAGAUAUGUUCCAUCUCUUUUUGUCCAAACCCUCCCAAGACUUCCCUAGCCACAAUAGCUUUGUCUCUGAGCGAUAAUCUAUGCGUGUUUUAUUCUCUUGAGAGCGAAGCAACAAAACAAACACGCGCUAUAGACCUCCACGGCCACCGAUCAUCUGUCACAAGUGUAGCGCUUAGCUCAGACAACACAGUUUUGAUGUCAACCAGUCAUAAUGCAGCAAAGAUCUGGAAUCCAACUAAUGGUUACUGCCUUGGAACUAUUGACACAGGAUUCACCAUGUGUGCUUUUAUCCUUCCUUCUUGCAAUAACAAGUUUGCACUUGUUGGAACCAAGGGUGGAACAAUGGAAAUUAUUGACGUUGGGAGUGCAACUGUCACUGAAGUAGUAGAAGCACAUGGUGGCUCUGUUCAGUCUAUUGCAAGAAUUCCCAAUGAAAAUGGUUUUGUCACAGGAAGCUCAGAUGGUUAUGUUAAGUUCUGGGAAUAUGGAGUCAAAGAAGAUUCUAAGCACCUGCUAGUGUCAAAUGUAAGAAUGAAGGAGAUGGAUACUGAUGUUCGUGUGGUUUCUAUCAGUCCUGAUGCCAAAUAUCUUUUGGUGGCGUUGGAUACCAUAGUAAAGGUAUUCUAUAUGGAUUCACUCAAACUUUUCGUCACCUUAUAUGGUCACAAGCUGCCAGUGCUAUGUCUCGAUGUCUCAUCCGAUGGAGAGUUGAUAGUGACUGGAUCUCAAGACAAAAAUGUGAAGAUUUGGGGGCUAGAUUUUGGUGACUGCCACAAAUCAAUGUUUGAUCAUCAGAGCAGCGUUCAGCAAGUACAAUUUGUGCCAAAUACCCAUUACUUUGUUAGUGUUGGGGAUGAUAAGCAAGUAAACUACUGGGAUGCUGAUAAAUUUGAGUUGCUUUUAACUAUGAAGGGACACCAUGAGGGUGUUUGUUGCCUCGCUAUUAGUAACCGUGGUGAUUUCUUUGUCACGGGAUCUCAUGAUCGCUCAAUUCGCCGCUGGGAUCGUACUGAUGAGCCAUUUUUCCUUGAGGAAGAGAGGGAAAAACGGGAGUUGGAAAAGAUGUACGAGUCUGACUUCAAGGAUGAAUAUGAGAACAAUUUUGCACUUAAGGAAAAGAUCCCAGCAGAGGGAGCUGUGGCUUUUGCUGGGAAGAAAACUAAAGAAACAAUUUCUUUGACCGACUCAAUUGUUGCUAAACUAGAAAUAGCAUGGGAAGAAUCAAAGCGACGAGCCAAUUAUGAGGCGGAAAAAGUCAGUGGAAACCUGGUUGCUGAGUUUCAACCAAAUCCUUUUAUGCUAGGGCUGUCUCCUCCUGAUUAUUUUCUGCAUGAACUUUUGAAGGUUAAGACAAGCGAUUUGGAGUCGAUGCUAUUGGGGAUACCCUUCUCAGAUGCCUUGAAGAUUUUGUCUUUCUGCAAGGAUGUUGGUCUACGUCCUGAUGAGGUUGAAUUCAUUACCAGGGUGGUUACAUUGCUGCUGCAGAUAAAUUGUAAUCAAUUGAUUUCCACUCCAGCUGUAAAACCAAUAUUGACCGGUUUAAAAGAGGUUCUUUAUCCCAACUUAAAGGCAAAGAAGGAUAUCAUUGGUUACAACCAUGCAGCAAUGACUCAUAUCAAGCAAUUGCAUGAUUCAAGAUCAAAUGCACCACUUCCUGAUGCCAUCUCCAAGCGUGGUGUAGGUGCAAGUUGGUAUGGAAAGACGGAAGAAGGUAAAUGCAAAAAAGUUCGAACAUGUGAACCCACGCCAUAUUUAUAAUUUUAUGUUCCUCGUUUUCUGGUGUUACAAGCAUUUUAUAUUUAAUUAAUGUUAGCCUCUUAAUGCACGCUGGUGUUAAGGACCGAUUUAGCUUAGGAAUUUCAGGGCCGGCCCGCCAAAGGCCGGAAAAAACCUGCCCGGCUCAUUAGCCCCCGUAAGCUAUGCUAUAAAAUGGUUAAAAUCUA